AUGUCAAAUAACAAUCAACAAUAUGAUACCAAAUGCUUAGAUCAUCCCAAUAAAGAUAUAGAAUUAAUAUGCUCAACUUGUCCAAACAACACUCCUGUCUGUAUUAAUUGUAUUUCCGAUAUUCAUAAUGGUCAUAGUUUUAAAAAAUUAAAAGAUAUAAAUUUAAGAAAUCAAAUACAACAAGAAUAUAAUCAAACAAUAUCAAAACUAAACAACUAUUUAGAAAAUAAUAAAAUAAUAUUGGAUGAAUCAAACAAUCACUUUAAACAAAUUAAAGAAAACAAUGAUAAUAAUUUUAAUAAAGCUUCAAAAAUAUUUAAAGAAUUAAAAGAUAUUAUCAAUGCAAAAGAAAAUGAUAUCAAAAGAUUAUUAACAACUAAAUUUGAAGAAAACAAAGAUUUAAAUAAUAUAAUAACAACAACAAUAGAAAACAAUAACAAUGCUAUUAAAUAUAAUAAUGAUGUUAAUAAUAAUAUUAAUAAUAAUGAUAUUAAUUGUAAUAAUGAUGUUAAUAAUAAUGAUAUUAACAAUAUUAAUUAUAUUGAUAAUGGAUUUAUUAAACUUUUAAAACACAAUCAUCAAUGUAACAAUCUUUUAUCAAAAAUAAAUAAUAAUAACUUACCAAAAUAUAAAGAUACUCAAUUAAUAAUUCAAGAAAAUAAUCUCGACUCAAUCAAAGAUCUAAUAAACUGCUAUUUAAAAGUAGUUGAUGAUCCUUUAGUUAAAGAAGAUUUAAAACCAAAAUGUUAUUUGGUUGAAAAAAAAUUAAAAACACUAAAAUACAUCAAAUAUCAACUAAUAUCUGAUUCAAUUCCAGCAACAGUUAUACAUUUAUUUUUACUUGAUGGCUUUAACCAACCCCUUAAUUUUAUACCACCCACAGUAAAAAGGCUGAAUUUGCAUAACAUCAAGUAUCAAUUAAUACCUGGUUCAAUUCCAAACCAUUUAAAUAUUCUUUCAUUUGAUAAUGGCUUCUCUCAACGUUUUAUAAAAGGUAUUAUCCCUGACUCCUUAACUUCUAUUAAUAUGGGGGAUGUGGUCUAUCCUUUAGAACCCGACUCCAUUUCAAACCCCGAUCAAAUUAUUUAA